GUAUAAUUCCAGUCAUUGAGUUACAAAAAAACCAAUAUAAUACACUUUCAUCUUUGAAUUUUUAAGCUAAACUUAAACAAGUAUUUUUAAUUAAUCAAUCUUCUCUACUGCUAUGUGCAAUUUGCUUUCUCUUUCUGAUUCCAACCCUAACAUUAAAUAAACAGAGCAAAUAUUAGACAUGCUUGUCUAAUUUUUCCUCAUGUUUUGCUGAUGUGAUUACAAGCUGUUGACUUAGUCAUUAAUAUCUCAUGCUGAGAUAUCAGCUAACACUGCCAGAAAAUAUUCCAUCUCUGCUUAGCACUCAAGUUGUCAGUUUAAUAAUUCCAUGUUAUUAAUCAAAAUUGUCAGCAAAAUAAUUUCUGCUGACCCAAGUCUGGUUUUUUUCCCCCAUUGUUGAAGAUUUGGACUCCUCAGUUCUCAAACCCAAGGACAAAAUUUAGAGAUUAUUCUCAAGAAUUUGGUACGUUUAGAGCUUUUAAAUGGAGCUCUGAUUAAGAAAAGAAUGGUAUCCCUCAAAAAACCUGCUUGGACAUGGAGCUGACAAGGAAAGGGGACAAGUCUGGGAGGCUUCGGAAAGGUUUUGUUCUGCAGUCUUGUUUUUGUCAGUGUCACCGAGCUGCUCAGAGAGUUUCCUGGACUUUAACACCCACAUGAAUACCAAAGCACCACAAAACAACUGCGUGACGAGAGAAAGAAUUUCAAAAAUGUAAAAUUAAAACUUUCUCUUGACCUUUUUCUGUCAGACUGUUCUGUGAAGGGAGUGUGAUAAGAAGCCUGCAGAGUCCAAACCCCUGGGAUUAAACAGCAGCUCCUCUCCGUUCAUUAGCACUGCUCUCACUUUGUGUGAAGAUAUCAACAGGAAUUAAUUUAUUUUUGACCAUGUCUCACCAGGUUUGAAUUAAUUGGGGACUGAAUUAAUAAAUUGUGUGACCAUAACAGGUAUUAAUUUUUUAAUAUUAUUAGAGACUGCAUCCAUAUUUACCCAGGCAUGCACCAAGCUCACAGGAGGGGAGACAAAUCAAGAGAUUUUGAGACAUUUCUCAUCCCAUAAAUGACAUUAUGAUAAAUUAUAUCAUUUAAAUGGGCUGGGCAGUGAAUUUUGUGGGUGCUACAAAUUUCCCAGCUGGGUGCAAAGCCAUGGAAGUGGCAGCUCCUCCAAACAGCAGCAAGGACACCAGGAGCUCGUAGGGCCUGUGCUGCACGUGACUGACAGGACACUGACAGCAAGGCCAUGUCCAGCUAUUUUUUCCAGCUCUUUUCUUUCUGUUUCAGUUCCUCAGGCUUUGCCCUGGCUGGGAGCUCACAGCUUCUCCUCGUUUCCCUGUGGCUGCUGACCCACCACCAGCCCAGGUUGCUCUGGAGCAAAUGCACAUGGAUGGAAUCCCUCCCUGCAGCUUCUGCCACCUCGGCAGGAUGGAAGGAGGGGGGAAAGGGAAUUUCCAGAGGUGCUGCAGAGUCACUUCUGUGUUCUCCACUGAGCUGCUUGAAUUGAUGAGAACCUGAAACCAGAGUCACCUGUUGGCCUUUGUGUGUUUUCAAGAAUUUUUUUAUUUAGCAGUUCUGUGACUAAAUGAAGUAUAACCGUGAUUUGCCAAGUCACGUAUGAAAGAUGAAUGAAGCAAAGAUUUCCUGAAUGGUUUGCAAAUACUCCAGUCACGGAAUCAUGGAACACCUCAAGCUGGAAGCAGGAAGAUCACCAAGUCCAACUCCCUGCUCCUUGAGGGAUGUGAUUCUCCUUGCUCACCCUGGGCUCCUCUCUGCAUCCAGGGCCUGGUGGCAGCACCAAAGCUCUUCUCCCAGCCUUUGCAGAAGAACAGAUUUUUUCCCAAAUAAAUUCCUUCUUAACGUAAAGACCUGACUCUAAAACAGUUUUGAGGAGGGCAGAGGGAGCUGUUGUUUGCCCUUGGUGGGAAAUGGAUGCGUUUGGAGAGAGGCCCUGUGGGAUUCUCGUGUGGAUGGAAGCGGUUCACGGACAGCAGGCAAAGUCAGCUACCGGGAGGGAGAAAGGAAGGGCAGCUCCUCUCCGAGGAGAAACUUGUCCUAUCUCUGAGAGCCCCGCGCAGAAUGUUUACAAAACGCUCAUUAAGGGAGAGGGGAUGGCGAGAUAGCAACAAAUCUGGUGAGCAGCUUCCACUGGCCGAGAUAAGAGAGGCAAGGCGGCCAUAGAGGAGAGCGAGAUCCAAUUACCGAGACCUGGUCUUGGGGAGGGGGAAGGGGCAGACAGACAGGACGGAUCACAAGUUUCAAGACAAGAGCUUCCAAACUUGUCAUCCCUCCGUGACACAGCCCAGCGGAUAAAACCGCCACCGAGCCCGCACCAGAGGCAGAGCUCGUUGAGCGCGGUUGGAGCCGAAGCCAUGGAUUCCGUCGUCCUCCAGCUCUGGGCUGUCCUCUCCCUCCUGGUCCACCUUGCAGCCUGCAGUCCCAUCCUCAGCUUGGAGCACUCUUCCCUGGAGGAAGACGUGCCUCUUUUUGACGAGAUCCUCUCCGAGCAAGAUGGGGUUGAUUUCAACACGCUGCUCCAGAACAUGAAAAAUGAGUUUUUGAAGACGUUGAACCUCUCCGACAUCCCCCUGCACGAGUCGGCCAAGGUGGACCCGCCAGAGUACAUGCUAGAGCUGUACAACAGGUUUGCCACAGACAGGACAUCGAUGCCUUCUGCAAACAUCAUCAGGAGCUUCAAAAACGAAGACUUGGAUUCCCACCCCACAGGCGUGCCAGGAACUCGGAGGUACCCGCUGCUGUUCAACGUGUCCAUCCCUCACCACGAGGAGAUCACCAUGGCCGAGCUGAGGCUCUACACCCUGGUGGAGCGGGACCAGAGGCUCUACGAAGGGCUCGACAGGAAGGUCACCAUCUUCGAAGUGCUGGAGAACAUCCACGUGGGGGCUGGGGAGGAGAGGAAGAUGGUGGCCCUGGCCUCCAGGCACAUCUACGGCACAAGCAGCGAGUGGGAGAGCUUCGAGGUGACCGAGGCCAUCCGGCGCUGGCGCAGGGCAGGGCUGACCACGCACAGGCUGGAGGUUCACAUCGAGAGCAGCGAAGGGGAGGAGCAGAACGGGGAAGGGAAACUCGACAUCGACAUCAACUCCGAGGCCAAGCACCUGCCCCUGUUGGUUGUGUACUCCGACGACCAAAGCAACGACAAAAAGGAGGAGAAGGAAGAGCUGAACGAGAUGAUAGACCACGAGCAGUUCCUGGGCCUGGAGAACCUGGAGGUUGGCAACUUCCACGACCAGCCCGGCGAGGAGGCGCUGCUGCAGAUGCGCUCCAACAUCAUCUACGACUCCACCGCCCGCAUCCGCAGGAACGCCAAGGGCAACUACUGCAAAAAGACUCCUCUCUACAUCGACUUCAAGGAGAUUGGCUGGGACUCCUGGAUCAUCGCCCCGGCGGGCUACGAAGCCUACGAGUGCCACGGGGUGUGCGCCUACCCGCUGACGGAGCACGUCACGCCAACCAAGCACGCCAUAGUCAAGACUUUGGUUCACCUGAAGAACCCCCAGAAAGCCUCCAAGGCCUGCUGCGUGCCCACCAAACUCGACCCCAUCUCCAUCCUCUACUUGGAUGCAGGGGUGGUCACCUACAAGUUCAAGUACGAGGGCAUGGUGGUGUCAGAGUGCGGCUGCAGAUAGUAGGGGGGAACGCGCGCGCGGGGAGGGCACGGGGGGAGUAUUUAAUGAUUCAGUCUGUAAAUUUGUACAUUUGGGAUCUGCUAUUUAAUGAGGUUAUUUAAUGAGGCCUGUACAGAUAAUUGUAUGUUUCCUGCCACGGGGAAUGGGCACGUUGUGUAGGGAUUGUAUAUUUUGUUCCUUUGCUUCCUUCUCGCUGCUCUUCGCUGUCCGGAUCGCGACUGAGUCUCUCCUCCUGCCAGGGCAUGGAGCUGAUCACUGGAUUGUUUGGGAGGGCUCUCGGUGCCAAAAGGGCACAUCCAAAUUCAUGGAAAUAAAGGCAUAUUUUUGUACUUUA